AUCGAAGCUUAUAUGUGGGCGUAGCGUCGACGGCCCUGCGUACAUGGUGCUGCCGCACGAGGCCGAGGCCAUGGUCGAGCAACUGCGCGUUCUCGAGCUCGACGCGAUGGGCGCUAGCGACUGGAUGCGCUACCACGGCGACGUCGAGAAGCUCAACCUGCAGGCGCACCAGAGCGCCAAGCAAAAGGCCGACAACUUUGUCGUUGAAGCGCUUUUGACGUUCAAGAAACUCGAUGUGCUCGUGCGGAAUCUCCUCACGACCGAGCUCUGGGCCGAUGACGUCUUCCCGCACGUCGCCGCCAGCGAUGUCUCGGACGCCACGUCGCUGCGCACCUACUUUCUCCUGUACCACGAGGCCGUCGUGUGCAACCUCCUCGAAGUCGCCUUCUUCCACGAACACGUCUUUGAAGCCCUCGACGACGACAGCCUCGUCGAGGUGCUCGACUACGUCAUGCGCAAGGUGACGUGGAUUCUCUCGACGCCGCGCGACGUCUUCAAGACGCAGACCACGUUCCACAAGGCGGGCGCAGCGGUCGUCGCCGAGCUCAGCAGCGCGUCGCGCGCCGCCGAGCUGACGCGGCAGCGCCUCGAGCUCGGCUUUCGCAUCGCAGUGCAAUGCGUCACGAUCCUUCGGUACUUUUGCGAGCGCGUGCACGUGCUGUCUUUGACGCUGCUGACGCGCCUGCUCGACAAGCACGACGUGCUCCUGUCGCUCGUGGCGCUCAUUGAGAAUCCGCCGUGGACAUACAAGGACGGCGAGGGUCGCUGGAAAAAGUUCCACGACCAAAAGUGGGUCGUCGUGCCCGCCGCCGACUUGCUCGCGCUCACGACGACCGAGGCGCAGCCGUGGCUCGGAGUCUACUUCCUCACGUGCUCCAAAGUCUCGCGCGACCAGUACCAGCUCACAUCGUUUCGCAAGUCGCAGCUCCUCCGCGUGCGCAAGUAUCUCAACGAUGUGCUCGUGGACCAGCUCCCGCUGCUCACCGACGUCCAGCGGUUUCUGGACGAGCUCGCGAUCGUCAACCUGCCGUCGUCAUCGCAGGUGAUGAGCCAGACGCGGCUCGUCCUCGAGGCUGUCCCGAUACUUCGCGCACAGCUCCAGCGGGCGUACAAAGGUCGGCACGAAGAGAUAGCAGCGCACUUCCUCGCCGCGUGUCGCCAGUUGAGCCGACAGGAUGACAUGGCGUACUUGGCCGACGUGUACAACAUGGACGGUCUCGACGACCUCCUCGACGACAAGAUCGACGCGACAAAGAAGCCACAAGCGGUCGAGGUGCUGCCACCCGCGAUGACGACGCCGACGCUGCGGGACAAGCCACGACGGGCAACGAUCGCACUCGUCGUCAAGACGAAUCCGUCCAUCAAGAUCGUCGAACUCGGAGCGCAUGACGACGUGCACAUGGACGCGACCGUCGACGCGAGCUCCGAGACACGUGUCGAGACGACGCACGGACCGUACUUUCGCUUCAACGUGGAGCAGGCGCCGACGAAUGGCACGGCGGUGCCGUUGCACGCCGUCGUCGACGCCACGAUCGAGCUUGCAACAGGCGCGAAAGUGCAACUGCAUUGCGCCGACAUCGGUCUGGAAACGCCAACCGAGGUGCCGUCGGCAUGCUGGCGGCAGGCGGGCUCGCUCGACGACGGCCACGGCAUCCUCCAAGUGCAGUUCAAGUGGGACAGUGCGCUUGACGCCUUUGUCGUGGGGUCGCUCUUUCUGUCGCUGCCGGCCGACAAGUAGCCGCGUGCCCAUGCAUGUAUGUACAUAUCAAUGUAUCAACUUUAAUCCAACCUCGAUGCUACAGUCCA